UUUAUAAUUUACAAUGAACAAAGAAAAAGCUUUGUUAGAAAAUUUAAUAGCAUCAAAAAAAAUAUUAAACGGAAAAUAAUGGAAAUGAAACGUGGUGUUAUAGAUUCUGACAACUAUUACCGUGAUGUAUUUAAGCCAAUAAUCGAACCAUUAAGUACACGGACAGAAAAAAAUACUUUAUGUAACUCACAACCAACUAAAUUAAAAAAAAUAGAAACCAUAUGCUCUAGUAACGAAGAUGAUGACGAUGAAUUAAAUUCAUCAUUUGAACAUUUUUUCAAUAACAAACGUUCUACAAUAAAACGAUACGAUAAAUCCUACGGUAUGUAUUAUGAUAAAGUCAGUGAUUCAUAUAAAAUUGGAAAACAUACUAUAACUUUUAGUCAUGGUAACUUACAGCUGCUCGAUAAAUACUAUCCUUGGACUAUAGGACUAUGGUCUUUAUUAUGUGAGAAGAAACCGAAAAAAACAACUAUAGAAGAUAUAGAAAACUAUUACAACAUUUUGAAAACUACUGGAGUUCAUUUAAAAGAAGAUGGGAAACCUAAAACCUCAAGGUAUCAUAAAUGGUCAGUCGUUGUAAAACCUCUGUAUGAUCGAAUGAAACAUGAAGAAAAACAGUUAAACGAACAUAUAGCUAAAAUUAAUAACCUUAGAUCUCCUCAAAUUAACUUAACACCACAUUAAGGAUCAUUUAUCUAGUUCGAACGCUAAACGUAGUAAUGUUAAUGAUGAUACGACUAUGAAAAACGAACCAUUUUAUUUUAAUCCAGAAGCAAACAGUUCUAUGGUUACAGAUCCCGCAGUUGAAAAUAUGUUUAAUUUUACUUUAACACCGCAGCCUAAGAAAGGUUCAGGUUUAUAUAAAGAUGUAAUACCGCAAACACAAUUAGUUUAUUAUGACGACCCAAAUGAACUAAAGAAUUACGCGAAAGAAAUAUUAUAGUUUAAUGACAACCUUAGAGAGUAUAGCUAAUGAGCUUCAUCGACCAGCGAGAAAAAUAUUUCCUAGACGUAGUGUAGUAACGCGGUUUAUUGACGACCUCUGGCAAGCUGAUUUAAUGGAUAUGCAAUCUCAUUCUAGACAGAAUUAUGGUUUUAAAUAUAUUUUAGUUGUCAUAGACACAUAUAGUAAGUACGUUUGGGUGGAAGCGUUGAAAAAUAAAACAUCAAAGGAAUGUACAAAUGGUAUGUUUAAUAUAUUGAAAAAAGCUCAUCCAAAAUUGUUACAAACAGAUAAUGGUACAGAAUUUUAUAAUAUUCAAUUUCAAAAUUUA